UGUUCACUAUGUACUGAACGAAAAAUAUCAGAAUACGCACCUACAUCUAUAUGUGUAAGUGACGUAUGUCCAUAUUAUUAAUCUUUUUUGUCUUCUUCGCUUUUGAAGCAUUAUAAAAGAAAAGAAAUGGGGCCAUAGACACACGUGUAUUGGCAUGGAAAUAUUGAACUACCUGAUGAACACAGUAACUUUGAUAGAGUUUAUAUUUUAGUUGAAACAUCUAGGCAAGAGCAUUGUGGUUUUGGUCAAUUUGAUUUUAAAAAAUGGACCAUCCAGAAGAAAAGGAGAUCAAUGAUUCAAAUGGAGAAACGUCGAAGUUGACGCCAAAUGUUGUAAUGACAGAACAGGACAAAAUUCCAUAUCCAAAACGAGUAUUUCUUAUUUUUGGAAGUGAGUUCUGUGAACGCUUCAACUACUAUGGUUUAAAAGCAAUUUUGGUACUUUAUUUGAAAAAUAAAUUGGCUUACGAUCCAAAUGAUGCGACUGUAUUGUUUCACAUAUUUACUGCAAUGACAUAUUCAGCGACUAUAAUGGGUGGCAUAAUAUCUGACGUAUGGUGGGGAAAAUUUAAUACAAUUUUUUAUUUAUCUAUGUUUUAUACGGUGGGAAGUAUUAUCAUUUCAAUCGGAGCCGUUCCACUUAUUGACCUCUCACCGAACAUCACUCUCAUCAUUGGUUUAGUUUUGACUGCCAUCGGAGCUGGUGGAAUUAAACCGUGCGUUUCAGCUUUUGGUGCUGACCAAUUCAAAAUUCCAGAACAAGCCGACAAACUGAGCAAAUACUUUUCAUUAUUUUACUUCACAAUCAAUGCUGGUCCGCUCAUUUCAACCACCGUUCUCCCAAUUCUAAGGGGAAAUGUUCAUUGUUUUGGAGAAAAUGAUUGUUAUUCGCUUGCGUUCGGAGUUCCUGCUGCUUUGAUGAUUAUUUCCAUUCUAUUUUUUGUCACUGGUAAAUCGUCGUACACUCAAGUUAAAAUCUCCUCAGAAAAUAUGAUUUUGCAGAUAUUCAAGUGCAUAAAGCAUGCCGUUCACACCAAAAGGCUGGAACGUAAGACAAAGCCACAGAAAAAUCUGCUCGACUACUCAAUAGAUAAGUAUGGCAUCGAACUGGUUAGCGAUAUAAGAAUCGUAAUGAAGAUAUUGGUGCUCUAUCUGCCCUUAGCUUUCUUUUGGACGUUAUUUGGGCAACUUGGAUCUCGCUGGACUCUUCAGGCAAACAGGAUGAACGGAAAUCUUGGGUUUUAUAUUAUAAAACCAGAUCAAAUGAUAUUACUGAAUUCACUUUUGUGCAUCUUAUUUGUUCCAUUGUUUGAAAUCAUCGUUUAUCCAAUAUUAAAUAAGAUCGGAGUACGGCGUCCACUUCAAAAAAUCACAAUUGGCGGAACUUUGACAGGAAUUUCAUUCUUGUUGGCUACACUUGUCGAAUUUAAAAUUGUUUCGUCACCCAUGCAUUCUGUAAAUAUGCUUUGGCAAGUACCCCAAUAUGUUAUUAUGGCAUUGGGCGAGGUUCUCUUUUCCGUAACCGGUUACGCAUUUUCUUAUGAACAAGCACCCGUUAGCAUGAAAUCGGUUUUACAAUCGUUUUGGCUUUUGAAUAUUGCAUUGGGUAAUGGCAUUUUUGUGGUUAUAACUAAAAUGAAUAUUGUUGAAUCACAAGCGCACGAGUUUAUUCUAUUUGCCAGUUUAAUGUUUGUUGCUAUGUUUAUAUUUGGGAUAAUGGCGCAUAAUUUCAAAAACAACACUAUGUUGUUGAAGUAAAUGAACGUAUUGAAUCAAUAGAGAUCAAUAAUUAAACUAGAAAAUAAAUCAUGAAAAUCGAUUAAUAUUGCUCCAUAAUUAUACAAGAAAAUUAUAAAAUGGUUAAAUAAAAUUGAUUAAAUAAAUUAAUGACA